CGACUACAGAAAAAAGUUGGGAAAAAAAGAUCAACGCGGCUGGGGCCAAAAAAAUUUUAAAAAAAAAUAAAAUAAAAGAAAAUAAAUAUAAAAAAAUAAAUAAAAAACCCAAAAAAAAAAGAGAGACAAAAACUGGCUGGCAGAGACGAGAGAGUUGAGAGAUUAGAUCCUCGAGGUCCCUGGCCUCCCCCAAAAGGUCCACAGCUGGCAUUCAUCCGGGCGAACCAGAGCUCCAGAAGGCACGGGCAGGGGAAGCUCUCCUACCUGGAACUCCCCAGAGGCACAACCCCACUCUGUCGACACACACCACCGUCCCGACUCCCAACGCCCUCCCCUUGCCCCUUGGAGCCCUUGGGUUAAAACACCCCACCAGGAACCUUUCGCUCUCUUCCCACUUCCCUCUUCAUAUAUCCAGUGACUCCCCCCCUCCUCCCCUUUCUCCUCGUAACAUCUUCCUAUCUUGUCAUUGUCUUCAGAUUCAUCCAGACAAACCGCAAAGAUGGGCUUCACCGAGGUUGACACCAAGACCAUCAACACGAUCCGUGUUCUGGCCGCCGAUGCGACCGCUCAUGCCAACUCCGGUCACCCCGGUGCCCCAAUGGGCAUGGCACCAGUUGCCCACGUUCUUUUCAACAAGAUCAUGAGAUUCAACCCCAAGAACCCAAAGUGGCUCAACCGCGACAGAUUUGUUCUCUCUAACGGCCACGGCUGCAUGCUCCAAUAUGCCCUCCUCCACCUUUACGGCUAUGCCCUCUCCAUUGAUGACCUCAAGGCCUUCCGUACCGUCGACAGCAUCACCCCCGGUCACCCCGAGGCCCAUGACACCCCCGGUGUCGAGGUCACCACUGGCCCUCUCGGCCAAGGUAUCAGCAACGCUGUUGGUCUUGCCAUGGCCCAGGCCCACACCGCCGCCGUCUUCAACAAGCCCGGCUACGACCUCGUUGACAACUACACAUACGCCUUCCUCGGCGACGGCUGCUUGAUGGAGGGUGUCUCCUCCGAGGCCUGCUCUCUCGCCGGCCAUCUCCAGCUCGGCAACCUCAUUGCCGUCUGGGACGACAACCACAUCACCAUCGACGGCGACACCAACCAGGCUUUCACUGAGGACGUCCUCAAGAGAUACGAGUCUUACGGCUGGCACACCAUCACCGUCGAGGACGGUGACAACGACCUCGAGGGCAUCCUCCACGCCUUCAAGAAGGCCCAGGAGGUCAAGGACAAGCCCACGCUUAUCCAGCUCAAGACCAUCAUUGGUUUCGGCUCCAAGCAGCAGGGCACCCACGGUGUCCACGGUGCUCCCCUCAAGGCUGACGACAUCAAGCAGCUCAAGGAGAAGUUCGGCUUCGACCCCGAGAAGAGCUUCGACGUUCCCCAGGAGGUCUAUGACCACUGCCGCAAGGCUUCCAACGCCGGCGCCGCCGCCGAGGAGGAGUGGAACAAGCUGUUCGCCAAGUACUCUGAGGAGUACAAGGGUGAGGCCGCCGACCUCGUCCGUCGCCAGAAGGGUGACCUUCCCGAGGGCUGGGAGAAGAACCUCCCCGUCUACACCCCUGCCGACGCCGCCGUUGCUUCCAGAAAGCUUUCCGAGAUUGUCAUCAACAAGAUCUUCGAUGCCGUCCCCGAGCUUGUCGGUGGUUCCGCCGAUUUGACCGGCUCCAACCUUACCCGCUCCAAGGGCUCGAUCGACUUCCAGCCCCCGGCGACCGGCCUCGGCACAUACGACGGCCGCUACAUCCGUUAUGGCGUCCGUGAGCACGGCAUGGGCGCCAUCAUGAACGGUCUCGCUGCCUAUGGUACCAUCAUUCCAUACGGCGGUACUUUUCUCAACUUCGUGUCCUAUGCCGCCGGUGCCGUCCGUCUCUCCGCCCUGUCCCAGGUCCGCGCCAUCUGGGUCGCCACCCACGACUCCAUUGGUCUUGGCGAGGAUGGUCCCACCCAUCAGCCUAUCGAGGUCCUCACUCACUUCCGCGCCCUUCCCAACUGCAUGGUCUGGCGCCCCGCCGAUGGCAACGAGACGUCGGCUGCCUACUACGUCGCUCUCACCUCCAAGCACACCCCCAGCAUCAUCGCUCUCUCCCGCCAGAACCUUCCCCAGCUGGAGGGCUCCACCAUCGAGAAGGCGAUCAAGGGUGGCUACGUCCUCCACGAGCAGGAGGGUGCCGACAUCACCCUUGUCUCCACCGGUUCCGAGGUCUGCAUUGCCAUUGACGCCGUCAAGCUCCUCGCCGAGAAGCACAGCAUCAAGGCCCGUGUCGUCUCUCUUCCCUGCUUUGAGGUGUUUGACACCCAGCCCAAGGACUACCAGCUCAGCGUUCUCCCCGACGGCAUCCCCUCUCUGUCCAUUGAGGUCAUGUCCACCAUGGGCUGGGAGAAGUACACUCACGAGCAGUUCGGCCUGAACCGCUUCGGUGCUUCGGGCCCCUACAAGGACGUCUAUGCCAAGUUUGAGUUCACCCCCGAGGGUAUUGCCAAGCGCGCCCUCCAGACCAUUGACUUCUGGAAGGGUGUCCCCGUCCGCUCGCCCAUCAACCGCGCUUUCCAGCAGAUCCUCUAAAGAGGGAGAGGAAGGUCGAGAGGGGACGAGGAUACAAAAAAUCCAAUGUAAAAAGUUGCAAUAAUGUAGGUAGACGGUAACCAGGCCUGUCAAUUUGGUGAUUUUAAAAGGAUUGGACCGAUGGGAAAACUGUCGGGUGGAAAUGCUGUAUGGUUGGGUUUUUGUUUUUUGCGGGAAUAACUGCGUUUAUGAAUAGUAUAGCAUGAUGAUGGAAGCAAUAGACCGCUUAUGACGUUAACUCUUGCCUGACUGUCAUGUGUGUAUGUUUUGGGAG